UUAUUUCAUUUCCGGCGGAUGACACGAUGGUGACGUGUCACCACUUCCUGUCUCCACCCGUUGGCAGCCAUGAUGCAGGAAGGGCUGGACGACGGACCCGACUUCCUCUCCGAGGAGGAGCGAGGACCGCGGGCGGUGAACGUGGAUCUGCAGACGGACGCCACGCUUCAGGUGGACAUCUCUGACGCUCUGAGUGAGAGAGACAAGGUCAAAUUCACUGUCCACACCAAGAGCACGCUCCCUAACUUCAAACAGAACGAGUUCUCUGUGGUUCGACAACACGAGGAGUUUAUCUGGCUGCACGACUCGUUUGUGGAAAAUGAAGAGUACGCAGGAUACAUCAUCCCUCCGGCUCCUCCCAGACCAGACUUUGAUGCUUCCAGAGAGAAGCUGCAGAAACUUGGAGAAGGAGAAGGUUCAAUGACCAAGGAGGAGUUCACUAAGAUGAAGCAGGAGCUGGAGGCAGAGUACCUGGCCAUCUUUAAGAAAACCGUGGCCAUGCACGAGGUGUUCCUGUGUCGCGUGGCCGCUCAUCCCAUCCUCAGGAAAGAUCUCAACUUCCACGUCUUCCUGGAAUACAACCAGGAUCUGAGCGUUCGAGGGAAGAACAAGAAAGAGAAACUGGAGGAUUUCUUCAAGAACGUGGUGAAGUCAGCUGACGGCGUCCUGGUGGGCGGAGUCAAGGACGUGGACGAUUUCUUCGAGCACGAGAAGACGUUUUUGUUAGAAUAUCACAACAGAGUGAAGGACGCUUCAGCCAAGUGUGACCGCAUGAUCCGCUCACACAAAAGUGCCUCAGAUGACAUCAACAGAAUCGCAUCAUCUCUAUACACAUUAGGAACACAGGACUCCACAGAUCUGUGCAAGUUCUUCCUCAAGGUGUCCGAGCUGUUUGAGAAGACCAGGAAAAUUGAAGCUCGAGUUGCAGCGGAUGAAGACCUGAAACUCGCUGACCUGCUCAAAUAUUACCUGAGAGAGUCACAGGCUGCCAAGGACCUGUUGUACCGGAGGAGCCGGGCUCUGGUGGACUACGAGAACGCUAACAAGGCUUUGGACAAAGCUCGAGCCAAAAACAGAGACGUGCUGCAGGCGGAGACGAGUCAACAGCUGAGCUGCCACAAGUUUGAGAAGAUCUCUGAGUCUGCCAAGCAAGAACUCAUCGACUUUAAAACGCGGCGAGUGUCUGCGUUCAGGAAGAACCUGGUGGAACUCGCCGAGCUGGAGCUCAAACAUGCCAAGGGGAACCUGCAGCUGCUGCAGAGCUGUGUGGGAAUCCUCAAAGGAAACACCUAACCUCAUGACUCCGCCCACACCCAGCAGAACACGCCCUGUCACCACUUCCCCGCCCCCUUCUAAACUAACUACGCCCGCUGUGGGGCGGGGCCUGGACGGACGACACCAAGAACUCUGGACCAGAGAGAGAAAACGUGACAGGAAGUCCGCCAUCUUCAUCACUUACAUCAUCAUCAUCAUCCUCAUCAUCCCACCACUGCAGCUGGUUCUGCUGAUCCUGGUCCAGUAUCAGACUGGUUCUGGGUCUGGUCCUGGUCCAGCAGAACCAGAUGGUCAGUCUGGUCAUCUGAUUCGUCUGUUUAGCCGCUGGUCUGGUUCCAGUCUGGUUCUGGUUUCAAUGGGACUCAGUAUCAUGGGCUAAACACCGGUUCUGGUUCUUAGUGUCAGUCCAGAAUCUGAUCCAAAUGGUCAGAUCAGUGGAGUCUGAACAGAAACACAUGAAGUUCACUGUGAGGAGGAGGUGGAGCCAGACCCAAGUCUUGGUCCAGGAUCUGGUCCAGGUUGGUCACCUGGUUUCUGCCUGAGUCUCAUGUGGUUCUGCUCAGGUUCUUCUCUGGUCAUGUGACUCCGCCUCACCAUGAUGAUGUCAUCAUAAAUAUCAAAGGUUUUAUCUGUGAAUUAAAAUCAGCGAGUUGCUCUGAGACGUCACACGGUCAUGUGAUCAUCUUCAUCAUCUUCACCCUCCUCUUCCUCGUCCCUGUGUGUGUACGUGCUUGGUUGUUUUAUUUUGGCGGUGAACUUCCUGUAGGAUGUUUUGGGUCCACCUCUCUGCUCCUCCUCUUCAUCACUAAACGCAAAGGAAACAUUUUACAUGUGUUUGUAUUGGAUUUAAAAAAAAAUCAUCAUCUUCAUCAUCACUAACUGUAGCUGUUUAAUUUGUUGUUUUUACAAUUGUUCAUGAAUGUGUGACCAAAGCUUCUUUUAUGUCAUCAAACCGAAAUAAACUGCAGAACAAACAGCG